UCGUGAAAGUGGGUUUAAACGGUCUAAAAAAAAUCGUAAUUUCUUCCACCAGUAAUUCAUUUUUUAUUAAGUUGUGCUACUAAACUCAAAUGGCUUGGCACUUGGCGAUAACCAUUUCCGGGCUACUCAUACCCAUCUCGUUGAUCUAUUCAUAUUACCGCUACAAAUUGAGCUACUUUGAGCGUCGCGGCAUACCACAUUUGCCACCUGAUAUCCUACGCCGACAGCGUGAUACAAUAGAGCUACUGCGCAGCGCCUACAAGCGCUUCAAAGGAAACACGCCUAUCGCGGGAAUAUUUCUACAAACUACACCUGCAGUUAUUAUACUCGACUUGGAGCUGAUAAAACGCGUGUUGAUCGAUGAUUUUUCAAGUUUCGCUGAUCGUACGGACAAUCAAUCCAGCAACAAAGAAUUGCUAUAUGCACUCGAAAACGCUGAAUGGCAGACGAUGCGACGCAAACUCACGCCUUGCUUCUGGUCAGCUAAGAUGAGUGAAAUAUUUCCAGCAGUAAUUAGAGCAGCUAAGAGCUUGGUUAGCAAUUCCGAAAUAGUUGACCAAAGUGAUGAUGGAACACUUGAUAUACAAGGGCUUUGUACACGCUAUGCCAGCGAUGCUUUCGUCAGCUGUGUUUUUGGUGUUGAGCUCAGCGGCGCAAAUGAGUCAACACAGACGUUACGCUUGCGCAUACAAGAGCUGGUAGCGCGGGAGUGUCAAACACGAUUCACAACUAAUUGUAUGAUGACGCGAGAGCAUUGUGCGCGUUGUACACACGCACAAACAUCAGAAGUGCCACUUAACUUGAGUGCGCAACUUGUGGGUAUGGUGCGAGAAGCGAUAAAAUUGCAAAGGGAGGGCGAAGUGAAGCAAACCUGCAUUCUACGAAUACUUUAUGAGCUGCUUACGAUUGAGGAAGGUGAGUGCACUGCAGCGGCUAGAAAAGAUUGCGAGCAACGGGCAGUGCAAUUACUCACACGAGCGCUUGCCACUCUCCUCACCGGUUUUGCUAAUUCGGCUAAAAUAUUGAUUAACUGCUUGAAAGAACUCGCACGCAACGUGGAAAUACAACGACAAUUGCGUCAGAAUAUAGUGAGCGUAAUGCACACGUACGAGCAUGAGUUCAGCUAUGAAGCAAUGGGUCAUAUGCACUAUCUCGAUCAGGUGGUGGCAGAAACUUUGCGUAAACACCCCACCACGGAGGUGCUUAUUCGUCACGCACUCAGCGACUACCGCAUCGCGAACACGCCGCUAACUAUUGAGCGCGGCACUUGUGUAUUGGUGCCUGUGAAAGACAUACACCAUGAUCCGGCGGUUUAUCCAGCGCCAGAACGUUUCGAUCCCGCGCGCUUUGAUGCCGUGGCAGUGAUGGCGCGUCACGCAUGCGCAUACUUGCCUUACGACGAUGGACCACGCAAUUGCCUCGGCAAACGUUUGAGCAAAAUGUUGAUUAAAGUGGCUGUGGUAGCGCUGCUGCGUAUUUAUCAAAUAGAGUGCGGUGAAGGCGUCGAAGACAACGUGGGAAUUCAAGAUAAAAUUCGCCUCAAAAUAUGCGACAUUUAG